GAAGAAGGAGUGAGUGAUAGAGUUAUACAACCGCUGGGCGUCGUUGCAUAAGCGCCCAGAAUAGUCUCCUGCUUCGUGAGGGAGAGAAAGCCAGCCCAGGACUCCUCCCCUUGACCCCGUCGAAGGAAGGAAGAGAGGGAGGAAGAGAGAGAGGAGUCCCUUCUCAAGCGAAGAAGAAAGGACUCCCUUCUCAAGGCGUGAUGAGGAGGGACGUUUAGCGAGAGGGGAAGAAAGAGAAGGCCGCGGCGGAGAGGCCUCCUCGCUGGGCAUGGGGCGCUAGCGGCACCACACCCACCUCGACACAAUGGAGCUCAGCCCCGCCGCCCAGCCUCCUCCUCCGCCCCAGCCUUGCGCGGAGAUGCUGCAAGUGGCCGAGGAAGCCUUCCGCGGGGGCCAGUUCGCCCUGGCGGCGGAGAUCCUGAGCUCGCAGCUGGCCGAGGUGCCGCAGCCCGAGCGGGGCCUGUGCCUGCGCCGCGGGGACGCCUUGGCCCGCGCCGGGAGGGUGGCCGAGGCCCUGGAGGCCUACAGCGCCGCCGCCCGCCAGGCCCGCCUCCGCCCCGAGGAGCUCCGCCAGCUCGCCGAAGGCCUGGCCCUCACGCUCCGCCACAAGGAGCUGCGCCUGCCCCCCUGGCCCGGGCCCGGACAGGCCGGCCAUGGCAUCAACAACAACACCACCACCUCCUCCUCUCCCUCCUCCUUGCCGCCUCCUCCGGAAGGGAGCGAGCCCUCCUGCUGCCGGCCCCCGGAGCCCCUGGGUUGCCCGCUUUGCCUGCGCCUCCUCGCCGAGCCGGUGACCCUGCACUGCGGGCACACCCUCUGCAAGCGCUGCGCCGCCCAAGGAGCCGAGGCCUCCUCCUCCUCCUCGUCCCCAUCGGCGGUGCGGUGCGGCGCUUGCCCCGCUUCUUCAGGCCGCCCUCCCGGCACCCUCCCCGCCGGCCUGCGGGUCAACGUGGUGCUGGGCAACCUGCUGGAGAAGUGGUUCCCCGGGCAGAGCCGGGCCCGGCGGCUAGGCCUCGAAGGGGAGGCCCUGAAGGAGAAGCAGGACGUGCCCGCUGCCCUCGAGAAGUACAACCAGGCCCUGGAGCUCGCUUCCUGUAAAUGUGUGUUAAUAGCAGAGCGAGCAGAACUUUUUAUAUCUAUGAAGAAUUAUCAACAAGCUCUUUAUGAUGCAGAAACACUCUGCCAAAACAAACCCCACUGGCCAAAGGGCCAUUAUGUGAAAGCACACGCUCUUUCUGGAUUAGGAAGGAUUGAAGAAGCAUUGAAGGAGUUUCUUUAUUGUGUUGCCUUAAAUCCUGAGUGGAGUUCAAUGAAGUUGGAAGCCCAAAAGAUAAUGUGCGACAUGUUUUUUCCAGCAUUUGAAAAUGUGCAAGAUAGUCUAACAACACCUUUUUGUAACCGGACUUCUUAUACAAGGUUGAAACCUGCAUUUUUAAGUAGCAUAAAUACACAGUCUUCUGGAGAAGAUGGAUCAUCUGCAGAGAGUUCAAAGGAGACUGUUCUGAAGUUAACAAAAAAUCCAUCUCAAGAGAUUGAUGUAUAUCGAAAUAUUGAUACUUCUGUUUCUCAUCCGAUACUGGAUUCCUAUUUUGAAGAGAAUAAAAAAUCUUUGGGAAUAAUCCUGUCCAGUUUACCCAGUGCUAGCUUAAAAAGAAAGUACUCUACUGAUGUGGGGGAUUUACAAGGCUUGGAUGUCCCCAGUAAAAUUCCCCGCAAAGAUGGAGAUGCUGCUUGUGGAAACUCCACCUCUUUUCCCUUAAAGGCGAUACUUGGAAACCUUGUGGAUGCAUCAGAUUUUGAGUGUUCCCUCUGCAUGAGGUUAUUCUAUGAACCUGUUGCUACUCCUUGUGGACAUACCUUCUGCCUCAAAUGCCUUGAACGUUGUCUGGACCAUAAUCCACAUUGUCCACUCUGUAAGGAAAAGCUCUCUGAAUUUUUGGCAAGCCGAACUUACAAAAAGUCCGUCCUUACUGAAGAAUUAAUAGUUCGAUACUUGCCAGAAGAAUUGUCUGAAAGGAAGAAAGUUUAUGAAGAAGAAAUGAAGGAAUUAUCAAAUCUGAAUAAAGAUGUGCCCAUCUUUGUUUGCACCAUGGCUUUCCCCACCAUCCCUUGCCCUCUUCACGUCUUUGAACCCCGAUAUCGGCUAAUGAUAAGAAGAUGCAUGGAAACCGGUACCAAACAAUUCGGCAUGUGCUUAGCCGAUGAACUGAAAGGGUUUGCUGAUUAUGGCUGUAUGUUAGAGGUCAGGGACGUGAAGUUUUUUCCUGAUGGACGCUCAGUUGUUGAUACAGUUGGGGUUCGACGUUUCCGGGUCUUGAGCCAUGGUCAGCGAGAUGGAUAUAACACUGCAAAUAUUGAAUAUCUGGAAGAUAAAAAGGUGGAAGGGGCAGAGUAUGAAGAACUUGUCCGCCUUCAUAAUUCAGUCUACGAUCAAGCUGUUUCCUGGUUUACUUCACUGAAAGACAACAUGAAAGCGCAAAUUCUAAACCACUUUGGGUCAAUGCCAGGGAAAGAAAAUGAGCCACAGGGCAAUCCCAGCGGUCCAGCUUGGUAUUGGUGGCUUUUGGCAGUAUUGCCACUGGAAAACAGGGCCCAGUUGGCUAUUCUUGCCAUGACGUCCCUUAAAGAUCGUCUCAUUGCCAUACGACGUGUUUUAAUAUUUGUGACGCGCAAAAGACCCAGAUGACACAGCCUUACUGAUCCUGAAAGCUACUGGCUGCAAAUGCCUAUAAGAAAGAAGUUGGAGACUGAACAAUUCUUCCUUUGAAUGACACUGAUCUGCUCAUCUUAAGCAUUCACCUUCUUUGCACAACCUCUGCCCUGUAGUUAACCAAGUAUUCUGUGCCUAUUGUCCUGGAGAAAUCUGAGCCUCUUGGAAGUUGUGCCACAAUUGCAACAUAGCCAAUAGUAGUUGCAGUGGUUACUGCUCAUAAUGGACUGUAUAUUUAUUGUGAUGAGAUGACUAUGUCAGAAGCCCUAAAACGUCCUCAAAACCCCCUCAGAGGUUUUGACUUCUAUGUAGCAAGGGCAUGGUCGAUUAGAAACUGAGAAUAUGUACUGUUAGAAUACUCUGUAAAGGUAGCCAAUUGAAGGGAAAAUUCUCCAAAAUGUCCUCUUAAAGAAGAAUCCGCAAAAGGCAACAGGCAUCAAUGAACAGAACAACCUUUUAACUGCAGCAUGUUGGUGUUGUCACAACUGAUCUGUGAAGCUAAAUUAUACUUCCUGGACAAAAUAUUCCCUUUCCAAGGAUAUCAUCCAAAAGAAAAACUAAUGAACAGCACUGUAUCUGAUUAUAAUAAAUCAAUUUUGUGUGUUUGUAAUUUGCAUGCUGUAUGUAAGACUAUUUCAAAAUAUAGCUAGGAAGGCUAUUCCUCCCCCUCCCAUAUCAGAACAAGCCCAAGCAACCUAUAUCACAAUAGAGGAAAAGUUGCAUAUGGACAGACCAGUUGUUUGUGGUUAUGCCGGGGAACCCUACACACGUGCAGAUCCCAUAGUUUCCCUCCCAUUGUGGUAGGAGUUCUCUUUCUAUGUGGGAUGCUUUUGUCUGCCAUUGCAGCCCUUGAGUAUGUUGAACUCCGUCGCUGGAUUAUAGCCAGAACAUGUUCCUUAUCAUUCAUUUCAAGUUGUUCAGUGGCUAACUUACUAAAGGCAUUGAGAAAUGGAAUUGCCACUUUAGAUUAGCCUUCAUAGUAAUUCUGUAAUUUAAAAAACUUAAAGCAGGUUAAGGCCUAGUUUCCACCUCUACUCACAACUGCCAUACAGGCCUAAUCUGUGAUUCUGGAAUAAUGUUUGUUAGCACAUUUUUUAAAAACCAAAACUUUUAAUAUUCCUUGUUCUGUACCGACCACUGUCUGUGCUUGGAAUCUGUCCUUGGUGACAACAUGAGGGGCGGCACACACUGAACCUGUAAAGGCAAACUUCAAUGCAAGCUUAAACCAGGUGUUACCUUCAAUUUGUUGUUGGUUUUGUAAAUAUAGAUAGCUGUAAUUUCAGUGUCCUAGUACCUGUUGGUAACUUUUUUUUCCUUAAAAAAAGUCAUGUUGGGAAGAAACUUUAGCAGUAAAUAUGAAAUAGCAAAGCUCCUCCUGAUGCAAACCUCUGAGAUUUACAGAUUUGUUGAAAUAAUUGUCCUAAUAGGAAGGGAAAUACCAUUGGUUCAAGUUUCAGAAUGCUGCACAAACAGAAGGCAAACUGAAAGGUUCGUGAUCAUGUGCAUAUGAUCUGGCAAGGUGAAAUAGUGGCAAUACCAAAAUAAUUUUUAAAGUGCCUCCUUUUAAAUUAGGAAAAGCCUGUUUUCUUCAGACAGAGAUGAAAUUUUUUGCACAUGAAUUCAGGAAGAAAUAUUAUCCAAAAAGUGAUUGACUGCAUUGUUAGAUAUACUAUAGUUGUAGUCAGACUGAUACCUUAUCAGAAGUUGCCAGUAGUUUGCUAGAAAGUGAUCAAACACACCCUGAAUGUACUGUAGUUGCCUCUACCUUGAAUUCGACUUUUGUAGUAAAUGAAGACCUGUGACUACUCUUAAUUGUAAGCUCCAUAACUUGUGACUGAUAAUCUAAUGAUCUCUAGCAUAGCCUUCCUGAUAACUUUGUUACCUUCACCAGAGUUGGUAGAUUACAUUUAUUUAUUCAAGUAUUUUAAGGAGCUAGCAUUAAAGCCAGAAAGGAGGGCUUUUUCCCCUCCUGUCCAUUCCCUGGGUGCUAUUGUACUUUUCCCAACACAGCUGUCUUCCUGUAAAUCCAUUGGACUUUAAAAGCUUCCAAGGUUAUCUAGCAAGAGAUUUUUCAAAAUGUGCCCUCAAUAGUCUUUGGCAGGGAAUUUCAAACCUUUUCAUGAUUUCUUACAUUACCUUUCACUGUGUUUGCUUAAUUUUCUCCUCUUGAUUUGAGUUCUCUUCCCCUUCAUCAUAUUUUCUGUGUUCUAUUAAUAUCUGAAACAACAAUUGAGCAUAAAUUUGUCCCAUUAAGUAACAGAGUAAUUUUAUUUUGAGAAAUUCUUUUCUCUGCUAGACCCCUGAUAUUUAUAUCUGAUGUUCUGUUUUGGGUGGAGACCUUUUCCGACAGUUGUGUGGUGAUGUUAACCCUUAAGAUUCGGUUUUCUGGUUUUUGAAUCAACUGUUGUACGGCGAGGCAAAACAGGUUAAUUCAAUUGAUUCAUUGGCUCUACUUGAGUUGGCAGUAAACAUAAUUUUGCUUCAGUCUAUCAAAGUAAAAUACUUCAGCCAACGUAUCUGAUGAAUGGCAAAUGUUUAAAAUAUAUUUUGUCUUUGGCUGGCUGAUUGAAUAUUUUAAAGAUCAGGGGGUUAAGGUUUUUCUCAGCCCAGAAAAAUGUUCAAAACAGAUUUUAUUGAGUAUAACAGGGAGGGGCGAGGCAUCCCAGCUUUCCCUAUAAAAAGCAAGCAUUCAAAAAUCUGUUUUCCAUCACUGGCCUGCCAAGUAAAGUUUCAUGCUAACAUAUAGAUUUUGUAGUGGGACGUUCUAUCUCUUUUUAAUUUCUACCAAUUGUUUGCUACUGUGGCCUUUUAUCUACUACUCUUAACAUCCUUUCUUCUUUUCACUGAGAUUGCUGUGUGAAUCCAGUGAGGUGAUAAUCGGCAGAUUUCUGCUUCUUUGGUUCGUGCUGCAAUUAAUUUUCAAAGGAAUAAACGGCAAAGCUAUUCAGAGGGCUGUAUGUGUUGGUCAUACAGAAGCUUGCAUAACGGAAGGCCUGGAGUUUGGUAGCGCCUUAAUUUUGCAGCUUUAGAAUGAUUGUAUCAACAAAGCACCACAAAAACCAGAUCUGGAGCUUGUGACCAGUUGUCUUUUUUUAAAAGCAUAUUUAUGUAGAUUAAACUUGAAACAAAAUCCUUAUCUGUUUUGAAGCUAGUUGAAGAUGUGUGUAUGUGUGAGUGUACGUGUACAUAUGUAUAAAUAUAAAUUAUUCAUCUGCGCCUUUUUGUACUUAGUUAAAAAAAAAACCACAAAAAAACCAGGUAUGUGUUAAAAUCAUGUUUGGCACUUCUUGUUGCAUAAAGCAAAGCCAAACCUUUUUUUAAAAAAAAUAUUGCUGCAAUGUUCAUUUCAUGUACAUUUGGAAUAUUCAUGGGAAAAUGUAUUUAUGUGAUAUUUGGAAUAAAAUAAAUUCAAUUAACAAUU